AGUAAAAUCUCAUAACAUGUUUCUAGGACAUUCCAAUGAGUGAAGAAUAACAAAGACAUAUAAUCAAUGGGGGGUUACUAAAAUGUGUAGAUAUGCAUGAUGGAUCAUGCUUGGUUGAUGCUUUGCUAAGGUUUGUAAAAAUUUGGAAUAAUUCAUAUAAAUAUUAUAUCCCUAUUCAUUUAAUACCCCUUUUAUUAUUUCAAAGAAAGAAACUAAGGCAGAAGUAAACUUUUAUCAAAUAAUUUAAAUAGUCCUGGCAAAACUUUGAAAUAAUUUCUUUUGGAAUUUUGUGGUUCUGUAUUUUUUGUUGCAGGAUACAUUUCAGCUUGCAAAUAUGUUUUCUGUAUAUUGAGAACUAUGGACUUUAAUAAUAGUAAUUAUUUCAAUUAGAUUUAAAAGGAAUAUCCUUAAGUCUUUCUGGAUUUUUUUCAGGUGUUUUUCUUUUUGCAGAAAAAUUAAAUAGAAGAGCUGAAAUAACUAUCUUUUUAGCACCUAAAUUUUUAGAAACUGUAUGGCAUAUGUUACAGAAAAGAAAUUUUGUAAUGAAAAUCGACUAUUGGGAAUAUUUUAUUUUUGGAAUUGCUAUGGGAAUAAUAAAUUAUUAUUAUAUCAAUAAUGUAAAAUAUUAUAAUAAUAUUAAUUUAGCCUAACCAAAUUAAAUACUCUUAUUUGUAAGUAUUCAAAAAAAUAUGGAAUUGA